UGCAAGCUUCCACAUGGAGCAGACGUACAUGUCCAUAACAUGGCGAAGUGUUUCUGUGUGAUACUGACGUGAUGGAAGUUAUUUGCAGUGUUACUAUUGACUUUCUGGUUUUACUAGAGGCCAGAUGUAUUUCAGACAUUAAUAUAUUUUAUUCUCCAUUCACCAGCUGACAAAAGGCUCCCAGUUGAUGAAAAUCAACUAGUGCUUGCCUUCAACACUUGACAAGUUGACCUUGGUGCUAGACUUUUUGCACUAUACUGAGAGGGAAAGGAAAAUUUUUCAGCGAUUCCACCCACGCACAAUUUAAAAGCAAGUUUAAAGCUUUGAGGAUGUUGGGCACAGACUCCUGGACGGUGGUCAACCCAGAAUGGAUGUGGAUCGUUGUUGUUGGGUUUAUUGUUGCAUUUGCCUUGGCCUUCGGUAUCGGGGCAAACGAUGUAGCAAACUCGUUCGGCUCAUCAGUGGGAGCGAAGGUUCUUACACUGAAACAGGCCUGCAUUCUUGCGACCAUUUUUGAAAUUCUUGGAUCAGUUUUAAUAGGUGCAAAGGUGUCAGAUACUAUACGUAAAGGCAUCAUUUCCGUGGAACUGUUUCCAAAUGGAACGGAGCCUGAAUUCAUGGUUGGAAAUCUGGCUGCACUCUCAGGUUCGUGUAUCUGGAUGCUGGUGGCGUCGCUGCUGAAGCUACCUGUGUCAGCCACCCACUCCAUUGUGGGAGCUACCCUGGGGUUCUCUCUGGUCAUACAUGGCGUGGCUGGGGUCAACUGGAAACAGCUCGGCUUUAUUGUUGGCUCCUGGUUUGCCUCCCCUGUCCUGUCAGGGGCUAUCUCCACAGCCAUUUUCUUUUUCCUGAUAAAGACAGUCCUUUCCAAGGCUCAUCCCUUGGAGCCAGGUCUGAUGCUGCUGCCCCUGUUUUACGGGAUCACCAUCGCCAUUAACUUCUUCUCUAUUUUCUACAAUGGAUCUCAAUUGCUACACUUUGAUAAGAUUCCACUGUAUGGAACGUUUAUCCUCACGUUUGGCUCAGCUAUCAUUGUGGCAAUCGUUGUACGAUUCCUUGUGGUACCCUGGCAACGAAAGAAAAUCAACAAUCAUGUGCAGUUUCUACUGAAACAGAAGGAAGAGGAAGGACUGCUGGAGAGUGACAAGAACUGGCUUCAGGAGAAAUGUUCAGACCAAGAGUCCAUACAAGCCCAUUCCAAGGAAAGCCAGGCUUACAAGGCUCAGUUGGCUGGGUUACACAAGGGUGCCAAUUUGGUUCCCGACUUCACCAGUACACCAGCCAAACAGCGGCUACCUGACGGUGUGGAUGACACAAACGUGGAUGAGCAGAUCUUGGCUGCCAGUGUGGUCAGCCUGAGCAGCAAGACAUACAGCCUGGCCAGCAAGGCUCCCCUCAUCAUGCCGGAGAAGAAGAAACAUAAAAAAGAAAAAUUAGGAGCUAUCAAGGAUGAGGUGAAAGAUGUGAUUGUUGCUAAUGGUGAAAUUGUUACCAAGGAAACCAAUGGAAAUGCCAACGUGUCUGGAAGUUCUGGAAGUCUGUCAGACGAGAUUUCAGUGAAUAGUGAAGAUGAGCGCCGUGAGCGGGCCAGAGCAGAGAUCCACGACACGCCCGAGUGUCAGAGUCUUUUCUCAUUCCUGCAGGUGCUCACCGCAGUGUUUGGAUCCUUCGCUCACGGUGGCAACGAUGUCAGCAAUGCUAUUGGCCCACUGGUGGCCCUGUGGAUCACGGCUACUACUGGCAGCGCUGCACAGAAGGCGCCGGUACCCAUCUGGAUCCUACUUCUGGGCGGGCUUGGUAUCUCAGUGGGGCUCUGGGUGCUCGGGCGCAGGGUCAUGAAGACACUGGGCGAGGACCUCACCAAGAUCACACCUUCCAGUGGUUUCUGCAUCGAGGUUGGCUCCGCCCUCACUGUGCUCAUUGCCUCCAACAUCGGCAUUCCUAUUUCCACGACCCACUGCAAGGUGGGCAGUAUAGUCUUCGUGGGCUGGUUCCGAUCACGGGCGGGGGUGGACUGGAAACUAUUCCGUAACAUCAUUAUUGCCUGGUUCGUCACCCUGCCCAUUGCUGGAGGACUCAGCGCCGGGUUCAUGGCUGCCCUGAGAUACGCUGUGUAACCAUGGAAUCGGUUGCCAUGAAGUGGUGUGUAAUCAUGAACACUGUUGCCAAUAAUAAAUCUUGUGUGAACAUGGACAUUGUAAUGGAGUGGUGUAAACAUGGAAAUUGAAAGGAGUUGUUUAAACAUGGAAAUAUGUACUUUUGCUGGAUAGGAUAAUGUGACAAAUGUGGUCUUUCUGGGAAAGAUUGAAGCAGGGUUAGGUGAACAAUUUAGUAUGAAGUCCAUGUGAAUGGGUAGUUAUGGAAACUGGGUGUGUUUUAAGGAUGGUAUUUACAAUUUUAGAAAAUCAUCAUUGUAAGUGAUCAUGUGUGGCAAUCACGUCUGAAUUUGUAUUCAACUUUGGGAAAAUUUUCAGUUUAAUUUUUUGUCAACUUGUGCCGUGUUAUUUAAAAAACAUUGCUAUUUAAAAAUAAGAAAACAUAAAGCUUUUUUUUUUCUUGCAUCAACAUGAAAGUGAACAUUGUUUCUGAUGUCCAAAAAUUUCUACAAAUGAAAGUGUUAAGGUUAACAAAUUAUGACAAGUAUUACAUGAAAUGCAACACCUAUACCUGUUACAACCGAAAAUUUUACGCGUUACUGCUUUUGGCCAAGAAACUUUCCUUACAGGUGUGGAUUUUACUUUUUUGAUUUUUAUUAGACUCAAAUUGUGUAGGUUUUUGUAACCACCUUGUACAUUUUUGUGGAUAAGGCAGCGCCCUGUGCGCUACUAUGUUUCUGAUCACUAAUGUGUUGAUCAUCAUAGUGAUAGCAAACAACGAGGAGACAAUAUAUUUCUGCAUCAGUUGCUCACAUUUUGUUGUUAUGGUAAUGCUGUUGUUAUUGAAUAAUGAAGUUGUUAAGUCUAAUUUUUGUAUUGCAUAUUAAUUUUUUUAAGACCAUAGCUAAAUUGUUUAUCAAGCGCUGUUCAUGUUGGAUUGGCCAUGUGUGUGAGAUAUCAGUGGAACAGAUUUCAGUAUUAUUUGACAUGGACAAUCUGACGAACAUUAAGCUGGAAACUGUUGUGCCUGCUUAAGGUUUCUGUGUUCAAUAGGAAGAGUGGUGUUUAGUAAACAUGGGUGUUUGAAAUGAAUGUCUAGCAUAGCUCCAGAUGAGCUUUCCCAUUUGUGCUGUCGGGUUUAGAGCUACUUGCUAAAUAGACUCUGAAACCAUGCAUGACUCAAGGUCAAACAUUUUAGCCUCCAUUUUUCCUAUCGGCUCAAUAUCUCCUUAACCCUUUGAAGAAUUGUCAUGAAACUUUGACACAAUGUUAAGGUCAUAAAGACAAUGUGCAUAAGGCACAAGUCAGUCAUACUGGAGUAAGGUACACUGCUACUCCAUUAUAAAUGAAGGUACAUGUAAUACAUAGAAGUCUUCUUUGUGUCUGGUCCAUAUCUCCUACAAUAAUACCCAUUGAUAGGUUUUCACAAAGCUUUACUUCAAUGUUAAGUUCAUGAAGGUGAUGUACAGAAAGUGAGUCCCAUUGAUUCAAAUAAGAAUCAGAUUUAUUCCUAUGCAAAUGUUGGAACUAUACUGUGAGUUGUCUCCCUUUUCUGUAUUGUGAGUAGUCUCCAUUUUGUGUAUUGUUAGUAGGCUCCCUUUUGUGUAUUUUAUGAGUGAUUUCCUUUUUCUGUAUAUUGUGUUAUCCACCUUUUUAUAUCAUCUUAGAUUACCCUAAAUAACUUAAGUUUUUUAUUUCUAGCUGUUUAGUUGUCUUUCAGGGUAAAUAAUCUCAUAGCAAGAAAGUUAAACAGUUUAGUUUAAAGUCAGGGUGAUUUAAUAUUUAUAUUAAAAAUUUCUCAAGCGCGUUAAAUCUCUAUUUCACAUUGCUGGAUGAUUAUGAUAUUGUUGUGAAAAUAAAACUGUUAAAAAAAUGUUACCACUCUAGAACACCAUUUAUGAGCCAUGUUUGAAUCUUUGGCUACUGAGGUCACACAAUUAGGUCACCAGGUCUUAUGUUGUUUAAAAAAAACACACAAGCUAAUGCUUUAAUUUAAAGCAGCUUGUUUACGCUCAGUAAGAUACCGCAUUCUCAUUUUGAAGUUUUUUUAUGAAAAGUGAAAAAACUCUUACUUGGAAAAAUGAAAAUGACCUUCAUACCAUUAUAAAACAGGGCACGAUUGAGUCAUGUAUAUGUGUUUCGUUCUGAGAAAACUGGGCAUGAUGCAUGUGCUUAAAGUGUCGUCCCAGAUUAGCCUGUGUAGUCUACACAGGCUAAUCAGGGACGACACUUUCCACCUUAAUUGGCUUUUUGCUAAGAAGAGACUUCAUUUUAACGAAAAAUGUCAUUAAAGCAGAAGGAUUCAUACCUGAUUAGCCUGUGCGGACAGCACAGGCUAAUCUAGGACGACACUCUACGCACAUGCAUUAUGCCCAGUUUUCUCAGAACACGACUCAUAUGUUAUAUCAUUAAGUAUUACAACAUAUUAAAUUUCUGUAUUGCAUGGAAAACCAGAAAUGCAGUUUGUCAUUUGAAGAAAACUUGAGUGGAAAAAAAUAAACAAAAAUGUGUUACUAAGUGUUGUUUAUGUUAACUUAAAAUUGCUUUGAUAAGUCGGGGCAGCUUUAACUUUUCUGAGUAUAUCUUAUUUAAGAAAUCGAUAUACCUCCAUUUUGUGUUGUUGUAUAUAUACUUUUUAUGCUUGUUGUAUUCUUUUUUACUGUAAUUAAUAGUCUUUUAGGUGUUUUCAACAGAUUGUGCUUUUUUUACUACAACAUUAUAUUCACUUUGAAUUAUAGGUUUACAAUUUAUUGAGUGCUUUUCUUAUUUUGUAUAUUAAUGCUUGCCUCAAAUUCACAUUUUACCUUUUAACAGAUAACUCAAUGUCUAGAUGUUAUUUUCAGUUACCUAUUUAGUAACAAACAAAGACUGUACAAGUAGAAUGUAUGUUUCAAAUGUAUUUUUACCUGUUAAAAUAUUAUCAUGCAUUCCUAACAAUUUGCUCUAUUUUCAUUAAGUAAGGCCAUACAAAUUUUAUUCUAUGUUUAGUGUCAUCUUGAAUUGUUGAAACCUACCAACCUAAUGCUUCUCAAUUAAACAUUUGUCUUUCUUAACUAUGGCAGUGGUAAAGUGUGCUAAUGUACAACUAUCUAUAUGCGCAAUCCUUGUCUUAUAAAUGACUUCAAUAAUGUAUAUUAUAACUGUAAUUUGACUUUUAUGGCUUGGGUUUUUGUUCUACUCAAGACUAAGCUGCAGCCGUCACCAUAAGUAUCUGUGUUAGCAUUCCAUCAUAUCACAGACUAUUUUUAACCCUUUCCCCCAUAAGAAGCAAAGUGAAAAUGGCUAUUGCUACCAGCAUAAAACCAGAACAGCCUGCGAGUAACUUGCAGUAGUAGCCAGUACAGCCUUUGAGUAACUCUCAGUCUGUUCAGAUUUUAUGCUGUUUGCUGCUCAUCAGUAUGUAAGGGUUGGAAGUGAAGCCUUUAAACCUUGAAUUUAGUAAGAAAGGUCUUACAUUAAAUGUAUCUUUCUAAGGGACUACAAAUGCAUAACAAAUUUGUGUCUAAUUGGUAAAGGGUUAAUUUGAAUCAAUGGGAUAUAUAUUUUGAAAGUAAAUCAUAAAAUCUUAACAGAGAUUCAAAAUUGUAUGGCCUCACUUGAAAGUUCAAGGAUGUGUGGAAAGGCAAAGCUCACAAAAAUAUCACUUGAUUUAACAAAAUGUAUAAGACUGAAAUGUGUUUAUUUUUUAUUUUUUCUUUCAACAGAUGUUGGAAUUCAGGAUGAUCUUGUUAAUAAAUGAAAGUCUGACAUUAGUUUUGUCCAUCUGGUGUUUUUUUUUCUGAAAUCAGGAAAUCAGGGCUUUACAUGUAUAGUACUGGAUAAGUUAUUAAAUUACUAUUUUGAUGUAACCAUGAAAAGUUUCUUGGCACUAUGUCACCAGUCACCAUCUUUGAAUACAGGAGGGUUAAGGGAGAAGCUGUUGUAGCUUUCUUGAAUUUCAAUUUAAGAGACAGUUGUUUAAGAAACUUCUUUCAAAGACAGCACUUUAAGGAACGGUCUUUCAUAGACAGCACUUUCAGGUAUGGUCUUUCAUAGACAGCACUUUAAGGUUCAGUCUUUCAUAGACAGCACUUUAAGGUACGGUUUUUCAAAGACAUCACUUUAAGGAACAGUCUUUCAUAGACAGCACUUUAAGAAACGGUCUUUUAUAGACAGCACUUUAAGGUACGGUCUUUCAUAGACAGCACUUUAAGGUAUGGUCUUUCAUAGACAGCACUUUAAGAUGUCUUUGAUAGACAGCACUUAAAGGUACGUUCUUUUAUAGACAGCACUUAAAGGUACGGUCUUUCAUAGACAGCACUUUAAGGUACUGUCUUUCAUAGACAGCACUUUAAGGAACAGUCUUUCAUAGACAGCACUUUAAGAAACGGUCUUUUAUAGACAGCACUUUAAGGUACGGUCUUUCAUAGACAGCACUUUAAGGUACUGUCUUUCAUAGACAGCUCUUUAAGAGGUCUUUGAUAGACAGCACUUUAAGGUAAGGUCUUUCAUAGAAAGCACUUAAUGGUACGUUCUUUCAUAGACAGCCCUUUAAGGUACUGUCUUUCAUGGCAGCAUUUUAAGGUAUGAUCUGGAGCAUAAUAGUAGAGUGCUGCACCCAGCUACUUUUUGAUUCCCCCCUCUUGCCACUCUAUGUUGGUAAAAAAACAAAAAUAUAAAAAUAUUUUGAAAUUUAAUAAUGUUGGCAAGUAUUAAAUGGAAAAUUACGACUAUGCUUAACAACCUGAAUGAAAAUGUUGGCCUCAGAAAUUCCAUGGAUUUACGUAUAUUAAAAAAUGUCACCUUCAUUUAAUUGUUCGAAAAAUUAACCAGACCUGUUUGGCUCCCCACCCUGCCUUUUUGUAGCAGCACAGUGUACCUUGUGGGAUCAAAGAUCAUUACAUGGAUAUGUGCUGCAAUGUUUUGGUAUAUGUGCUACAAAUUUUUAGUUACAUGUAUAUGUGCUACAAUGUUUCGGUAUAUGUGCCUCAAUAUAUAAGGGUAUUUCACCAAAAUGUUGUUCAGAACUCACACUAGGCAUUAUGUUUACACAGAUACUGAGAAGUCUACCUAGAACAGUCAUAUCAGAUAUUGUCUAGCACAAAGACUUUUCAAUUUUGUCAUUUUUGAAAUUUUAGCAUAUCAAAAUAGAAACUUAUCAUACAUAGGGAAAAGUGUAUAGAAAUAUAAUUGUUAUUUUUGUUAAGUUCGUCUCAAUUAACAUACGAUCAUUUCGCUUGUGUGCAUUGUCCAUCAACUGCUGCGAUCAUAGCUUUGCAUGAUGUGCUGUCAUUUUUAGCUCACCUGAGCACAACGUGCUCAUGGUGAGCUUUUGUGAUCGCCUUUUGUCCGUCGUGCGUUGUCUGUUGUGCGACGUCAACAUUUGCCUUGUUCACUCUCUAGAGGCCACAUUUAUUGUCCAAUCUUCACGAAAUUUGGUCAGAAGAUUGGUUUCAAUGAUAUCUUGGAUGAGUUUGAAAAUGGUUACCUUUGCUUGAAAAACAUGGCUGCCAAGGGGAGGGGCAUUUUUCCUUAUAUGGCUAUAGUAAAAUCUUGUUAACACUCUAGAGGCCACAUUUAUUGUCUGAUCUUCAUGAAACUUGGUCAGAAGAUUCAUCCCGAUAAUAUCUUGGAUGAGUUCUAAAAUGAUGCCGGUUGGUAAAAAACAUGGCUGCCAGGGGGCGGGGCAUUUUUUCUUAUAUGGCUAUAGUAAAACCUUGUUAACACUCUAGAGGCCUUAUAUAUUUUCCGAUCUUCGUGAAACUUGGUCAUAAGAUUUGUCCCAAUAAUAUCUUGUUAACUCAGGUGAGCGACUUUGGGCCUUUCAAGCCCUCUUGUUUUGUUAGUACAAAUGUAUUCACUUUAAUGUGCCAAAGAAAAUACUUAUUUGCGGGUAUGAAUCCUAAUGGGCUGUGUUGUUCUGACAUUUACACCUGUUUGUAAAACAACGAAGUUUCCAGUUUCCAAUUUAUAAUCAAUUUUAAUUGACAAUAAAUGAAACAAUCUUACCUGCUGAAUAUUUUUUCGUUUCAACGCAAUAAUUUUAUAAUUCAAACAAGUUCAGAAAUUAAAGCUUUUGAUAAAAUCUUGGGUCUAAGUGAACCAUAUUUGGAGUUUUAUUUAGUUUUUUUUCACAUUGUUUAUGUUUUGGAUUAUAAUAGUUGGUAUUUUAACAAAUAAUGCAACUGAAACCAUAUUGAUAAUUGUAUAAACUAUGAUUUUGACUAAAUACUGUUAACAUGAUAUGUUUACAACCAUUUUCUGCGUAAUUGAAUACGCGUUAUAAUUAAAUUCUUAUGUCAGUUAUAAAGCCACGUUCAAGUUAUUUUGCACCAUUCAUUCACUCAAUAGAGUUGUGUGAAUAUAAUGUAUGUUUUUUAAAAUAGUGUAUAUUAAAAUAAGUGCAGCAUACAGUUUCUUUUAAAAUAGACAUAAAGUUUGUUGUCGGGGAAAAAUGGUUUACUUAUUAAGCUUUUAAUGUAAUUCUUUAUGAUUUGGUUUUUAUAUUUUGGGGCAAAUAACAUGUGUGUUUGUUUAAAUCAAGUCUUUAAAUUGCAUACUUUGUUGAUGAAUGUAAUUGUUUGCGCCAAUAUAAGAAACCUAGGUAUGUGCGUGCCAGGGCAUGUCUUCUCAAAGCUCUAAACAUUUUUAGAAAAUAAUUUCCAUUUGCUUACAAAAGAGCACACUACACUACUAUUCAAUACAUACAAAGUAUUUCAACAAACCUCAAAAUAUCAACUAUGUGUUAACCUUUAAAUAAAUCAUCUAAAGCAUGUGUCAAGCAAAGUUCAGAAAUAGUAUGUUCUAAAGAAAUGUAGUGCAUGCCUUGUGGACUCCAUGCCACGUCUGACAUUAAAUUAACCCAUUUAUGCCUAGUGGACUCUCUCAUCCUAAAUUGGAUCAAUCUAUUUCCAAAAUUAGGGAUGUCUAGUAUAUUUAUUUCUAAAUUAAGAAUAUUUCUUACAGGAAUUCCUUUAAGCAAACAGUGCAGACCCAGAUGAGACGCCGAAUCAUGCGGCGUCUCAUCUGGGUCUACGCUGUUUGCCAAGGCCUUUAUUCUAGAUGCUAGGCAUAAAUGGGUUAAUGUUUUCUGUAGUAUUUGUACACUACUAUUUGGACAGGUCUGACUUUGUAUAUACCAUAAUGUGAAAAUAAAAUAAAAAUUCACAACAUC